AUGAAGCGGCAGAACGUGCGCACGCUGGCGCUGAUCGUCUGCACCUUCACCUACCUGCUGGUGGGCGCCGCUGUGUUCGACGCGCUCGAGUCGGAGCCCGAAACCACGGACCGGCAACGGCUGGAGCGAAAGCAGCUGGAGCUCCGGGCGCGCUACAACCUCAGUCAGGGCGGCUACGAGGAGCUGGAACGCGUGGUCCUGCUGCUCAAGCCACACAAGGCCGGCGUGCAGUGGCGCUUUGCGGGUUCCUUCUACUUCGCCAUCACCGUCAUCACCACCAUCGGCUAUGGUCACGCAGCCCCCAGCACAGAUGGUGGGAAGGUGUUCUGUAUGUUCUACGCCCUGCUGGGCAUCCCCCUCACGCUGGUUAUGUUCCAGAGCCUGGGUGAACGCAUCAACACCUUCGUGAAGUAUUUGCUGCAUAGGGCCAAGAAGGGGCUGGGGAUGCGGCGGUCGGACGUCUCCAUGGCCAACAUGGUCAUCAUUGGCUUUUUCUCCUGCAUCAGCACCCUAUGUAUCGGAGCAGCCGCCUUCUCCUACUAUGAGCACUGGACUUUCUUCCAGGCGUAUUAUUACUGCUUCAUCACCCUGACCACCAUUGGUUUUGGGGACUAUGUGGCCCUGCAGAAGGACCAGGCUCUGCAGACUCAGCCCCAGUACGUAGCCUUCAGUUUCGUGUACAUCCUCACGGGGCUGACAGUCAUUGGCGCCUUCCUCAACCUCGUGGUCCUACGCUUCAUGACGAUGAAUGCGGAAGAUGAGAAGCGGGACGCCGAGCACCGGGCCCUACUGACCCGCAACGGGCAGGCAGGAGGCAGCAUCCACACCACAGACACUGCGUCCUCCACCAUCGCGGGGAGCGGAGGCUUCCGCAAUGUCUAUGCUGAGGUGCUUCAUUUCCAGUCCAUGUGCUCCUGCCUGUGGUACAAGAGUCGGGAGAAGCUACAAUAUUCCAUCCCCAUGAUCAUCCCCCGGGACCUGUCCACUUCUGACACCUGUGUGGAGCAGAGCCAGUCAUCCCCCGGGGGUGGCCGCUAUGUCGACACUCCUUCUCACCGUUGCCUCUGCACGGCCCAGCGUUCGGCCAUCAGUUCCGUCUCCACUGGUCUGCACAGCCUGUCCACAUUCCGUGGCCUCAUGAAACGCCGCAGCUCAGUGUGACUGGGGGCUGGUUGUGGGUCAGGCUAAGGAGCCAACCCACUCACACAAGCCUUGAAAGGGGGGAGGGAGGGUAAGGGAGCAGUAGGAAAAGAUAGACCCACAAAGGUUUGCUUCAAAUCAUCCAUUAAAGAAAUAAGCUCCAUGUCUCAAUGUGGGCAGAAAGGCCAUAGGAUUUAUGUACCCAGUCUGGGUGGAUCGGCAGGCAUUGGCCUAGAGGUUUGCUCACCCACCAUUGGUCAGUGUCGGAGUAGGGGGAAUCUAGGCUUGUCCUAAGACCUCCGACUGUGCCUGCCCCACCAGCCUGCCCAGGGCCUAGGGCCUAUGCCUAGGGGCUUCUUGCAUCCGAGACCUUUCUAUACUCUCUCCAUGCUCUGAAAAAUUCCAAGAAAUGUGAAACUUGGUGGGGGAUGGGAACCAGAAGGGGUCCAAAGAGGAAACCUCUGAUAGCCUUGGAAAUUUGAGGAGCUGGGGGCCUGGCCCUUGAGGCUCAGCUGUUCUCAGAGGCCCAUCCACCCACCCCUCUCUCACUACCACCCCCUUGGAAUGGGACUUCUCUGUGUUAAGUGUUUGUUUGCAUCUCUAUUUAUACCUCUCAGCAUUAAUGUCCUACAGUUGUCCUAUCUGUGAAGUCCUUCCUUCCCUCCUGUUCUGGGGCCAGUGACUUUUUGCUGCACCCCCCAGACUCCCCAGUUUGCCCAGCUCCCCUGUCACCUCUCUCCUGCUCUGAGUUACACCUCACAAUCUCCCCACCCCAGGCCUUGCUUCAUAUUGUUUUUGCAUGGCUUUGCAAAGAAGGAACGUACAGCAGAGAGGAGGCAGAAAAGAGAGUGAUCGAAGGGAAUGUCUUCCAGUGCUUAUGUCUGAGACCCAAGCUGGGGUUUUUGAGUGAAAAACUCAGUCCCAUUUCUCAUAGUGGAAUGGGUUAGUGUGUUUCCUUGGAGGUGGGAAUGGGUAGUGAUCCCCAUUUCAAUACCUUCUCAAAACCCAUACAUUGCCUGUCCCUUGCUGACUCAGCCAACCAUUUCUCCUAAAUCUCUUUGCUCACUCUCCUACAUAUACCUCCUAUAUCCCCAUGUCACCAAUUUUGGAGCAAAACCCCAAAGAGGUGAUUCAGUUUUGGGGCCCUGGGACCUGACCACUGCUAACCUUCGAAGAGCAGGCAGCUACUGGACACAGUACUUCCCCAGGUCGUAGCACCUCUGUAGGCACGGGACUCUUGGGACAUCCACAUCUGAAGCUGAUUGUGGAUGGGGGAGCCCUCAGUGAGGUGACCUUAGUGUCUUCCAACUAUUCUUGAGGCAGCAUGGCUGAAAGAUCUCCAAAUCUGCGAUCAAGGAAACAGGGGAAAGGGGAGAGCAGAGAAGAACAGAAAAAUGAGAGUGGAGUCCACCUUGGCCCUCUUUCCUGGGACUGAGUCCUUUAUCCUUUCCUGGCUACUUCCCACUGCAAUUCCUCAUCUAAUCAACGUAGCCGAGAAGGCUGUGGCAGCUUCUGAGCAGGGACGUGGGACCAAGUCAGGAGAUUUCUUGAUUCUGGGAAUCAGAGAUCUAGGACCACAGGAAAGAUAGCAGUGGACCUGAAAAGGAGACAGAUUCAUCAAUCAGUUGACGUAGCCUUUGGCAGGCAAAGUUUGGCUCUGCCUUUGCCUAGGUGGACACAUCUGCUCCCUUAGGUACAGAAUAGAUGCCCGUCUGUCCAGUGACAGGGGAGGAAAAACUGUUCAAGCUCAAAACAGAGAGAAGAGCUGCCAAACAGGGAGGGGGUGCACACCUCCCCAGCAUGGCUGGCCUCCCUGCUGCCUCCAGAUACUGCAGGCUUUUUCCGACGUAGUCAUCCCAAUCAGUACCUUACCUUAGAAUAGAACAAAUCUCAGUGAAUGACAGCAGAGCUAUGUGGUGACUCAGGGCACCAGCAGGUAGGAGGAGACAGAGAUGGAGCAGUCUGCUGGUGCCAGCAAUGACCCAAGGCACUCAGAUCCAAGCGGUACGUAACCACAUGCCUGCUGCUGACCCUCCCCCCUCCCCCCU